AUGAAGCUCCCACUCCUCACCACCUCAUCUCUUCUCGUUGCCACAGUCUCUUCAUCCCUCACACUCCCCAAAGCAUGGAUGACCGUCAAUCCAGACGAUAAGAUCAAGCCCGGGAAAUUCAAAGGCGAGACUCGCUACCUGACUUGGAUGGCCGAAUCGCAGAUCAAGCGUGGUAUUGCGCCGACGAGUGCGUAUACGACUUCAGCUGCCUACUCGGGGAUCAUGUUGGCGUACAAUAGGACCGGAGACAGGAGGUUCUUUGACUACGUCAAGUAUCAAGUGGACAUUCUGCUCUAUCCCGCUCAGGAUGGGAGCAUUGUGUUGUACAACAGUAGUAACUCAAUUGAUGAUAUCCGGAUUGGGCACAGCUUCCUGGAUAUUUACGAGCAGACAAACGACGACAUCUACCUGAAAGCGGCUUCGCUUUUGAAGAAACAGAUUGAUGGCUCGAGACGAACUCCAGAUGGAGGUUUCUACCACCGGUAUCCGGACUAUAUCGAUCAGAUGUGGUUGGAUGGUAUCUAUAUGCUCGACGUCUUUUACUCGCGUUGGGUUCACUGCUUUGAGAAUGACAAUUCGACUGCUUGGGAUGAUAUUGCUAAUCAAUACGACCUCAUCGAUGCUGGCACAACCAUCAACCCCGCCACCAAAGGUCUCCCCGUCCACGGCUUCGACGUCUCCAAAAAAUCGGUUUGGGCUGACCCAGUCACUGGCGCAGCGCCACACGUGUGGGGCCGCGCAGUAGGCUGGUACAUCAUGGCGCUCGUCGACACCCUUGACUACUUCCCCACCUCCCACCCAGGUCGUGCCCGCAUGCUCAAGUACCUUCAAUCCGUCUCCGACGCCAUUUUAGUUGCUCAGGAUUCAAGAACCAAAGGCUGGUGGUUAGUCAUGACACCAGGUUAUGAGGGGAAGUGGGGUAACUACAUUGAGAGUACCGGAACCAGCAUGUUUGUUUAUGGGCUGCUGAAGGCGUUGAGGUUGGGAUAUGUGAAGGGAGAUAAGUAUAAGCGAGCGGCAUUGACUGGAUAUAAGCUUAUGACGGAGACGUUUGUUUCGGUGUCGAAGCCUGCGGAGAUUUAA